AUGGCGCACUCCGCAAGAACUUUUUCUGAUUAUAAGUCAAUUGCUUUGCGCGAGCCUAGGAAUGCUAGGCUAGAAAAAGAUCUUGAAAUUGCAUUUUAUAAUCUUGCAAAAGAAAGGAAAAUAGGUAUUGAUAUUGAUCAGGAAAUCCAUGAAACUGAGGAAGAAAUAAAAGAGUUGGAAUUGAAAACUAAGCGUUGACUUGAAAUAAAGCAAGUUUUAAAUGAUGUCAAUGUUUCUGAAAGAAAGUUAGAAAUUGCACAAGCACAGUUAAACGAAAUCUGUAAAGAAAAUUGAAUAUUCAGAGACCAAAUUGAUUAUGUUAGAAGAGAAUUGCUAUUGAAAAAAGAAAUAAUAGAUAACCUAGAAGAUGAUAUAGAAACAUGCAAUCAUAAAAUAAAAAAUAAAUGCAAGGAAACAAAGAAUAUUGAGUCAGAGACAAAUCAUAUUGAAAUUAAUCUAUUAAGAAGCAAAAGUGCUAAUUCUAGGCAAAGAUUCCAUCUUAAAAUAGAAGAAUUAACGAGUGUCUUGCAUCAAGAAAAAAUUAAGCAGGUCCAAACUGCAAGAAUGCUGAAGGAGAAUAUAAAUUUGCAAUUUUAUCGACCAUUGAAUGUAUUAGGAAGUACUAAAAUUCUGACUCUUUUAACUCAAAAGUGCUUAGAAAGAAUAAAAGAUAAAGAAAAUGAGAUAAAAAGUUUUGAAAAUCACAUACCAAUUUAUAAUAGAUAAAACAGGCUCUCAAAUUAAAUUUUUUUUCGAAUAUUUUUAUGCGAAAUUGUUAAAAUUUGUUUUAUUAUAUAUUAUUUGAAUAUAUUAAUGAAUUGGAAAAUAUGUUUGAAGAGCUUCGGCACAGCUCAAACCUAUCCUCUAUUGAAGAGAUUGCUAUAGAAUAUGUCUCUUCUGAAGAAAAUAAUGCAGCAAUUGUCAAAUAUUUAAGCGAAGUGAACAUUGAAAUAGACCAAUUAAAAAACUCUCUUUUAAGUGUACAAGAAUUGAUUAACGAAUGCAAAAAAAACCACAAGUCAAGUGAGGCUUCAGCUGCAAAUUUAUUUGAAGACCUAACAGCAAAAAUUGAUGCUGCGAAUCUAAAAAAUGUUGAAUUAAAUCAAAAAAGCAUAAAAAUUCAAGAGCAGAUUUCGCUGCUGAUUUCUUUUUUUCAGGUGACAAUAAUUUAGAAAACCUAUGAUCUUUGUAAAAUGCAUCCUCUCAAUAUCCCAUCAGGAAGAAAGGCAGAAAUUGAAUAUAUUGCAGAUGGGGGGAAUUUAAGCAAAGAUCAAAUUUUUUCCAACAUCGGAUUUAUAGAAGAGUAUGCAACUUAUAUGAACAAAAUAAGAAGUCUUCUAUUAAGUGAGAAUCUGUCUUUAUAA